CUCGUAUUAUAAAUACUGAAUGUAAAUGGACCGAAGCUGAAUUAAAAAAUUGCCUCAAAAAACUGACGGUUUGUCCAUGUGUCCAUGCUCUUCUCGUAUCUCCACGUCCUGGAUCUCUGAAGCAGCAGCGAGCAGCAGACACACGAGUUGCCGAACCGGGCAUUGGUGAAUCUUGAUUCUUGUAAUUGAUUGGGGCGGUCAUGGGCGUCUGGACGGGACUCAGUCUAGCUUCUCGUGCUUCUUAUUCGUGACGCAGAACCUGGGGUUCUGUUAGAAUACUCAGUUCAAAACAAUUAGAGCUUGGGGCUCUCUUGAUUUGAAUUAAUUUGUAAAUUGAAGGAAGUUUGAGAGAGAUAAAUUGGUAUUUAGGCUUUUGUUCUUAUUUACAAAGUUCUUCAACGUUCUGGUCAAAUUAUAGGUAUGGACUUGUCUGCCCUUCAGACCUUGAGCAUGUUUUGAGUUUGAGAAGUUUGAUAGGUCUUGCUUUGAGAAAGUAGAAGACACAAACCAUUGAUUUUCGGAUGGGGCAUUCUGGAGCUGUAUGGGAAUGGGACUAUAAAUCGGCAAUUAUGACUACGAAAGAUAGGAAUGGGAUUGAUCAAAUUGUGCUUCGGAAUUCACAAGGUGCAUCAGCAAAGGUGAGCUUGCAUGGGGCACAAGUCACUUCAUGGAGAAAUGAGAAAGGUGAAGAACUCCUAUUCACCAGCAGCAAGGUAAUUCCCAAGGCUCCAAAAACAAUACGGGGAGGAAUUCGAAUCUGUUUUCCACAGUUUGGAAGCUGCGGCUCAUCAGAAUUGCAUGGAUUUGUAAGAAAUAAGAUGUGGAAAAUUGAUGAUAAUCCUCCCCCUCUACCUGCUGCAUAUGAUCAUGAAGGGAAAUCCUUUGUUGACUUGCUACUCAAAUCAACCGAAGAGGAUAUGAAGUGUUGGCCACAUAGUUUUGAGUUUCGCCUUAGGGUGUCCCUUGCAACAGAUGGAGACCUGACUUUGAUAUCACGAGUCAGGAAUGUCAAUGGCAAGCCGUUUAGUUUCUCAUUUGCAUAUCACACAUAUUUAUUGGUUUCUGAUAUUAGUGAGGUGAGGAUAGAAGGUCUGGAGACACUUGACUACCUGGACAACCUUUUCCAGAGGGAACGCUUCACUGAACAAGGCGAUGCGAUAACAUUUGAGUCUGAGGUGGAUCGAGCCUAUCUUAGCUCUCCAAAUGUAAUUGCUGUUCUAGAUCAUGGGAGGAAGAGGACAUUUGUGAUAAGAAAGGAAGGUCUACCUGAUGUUGCUGUCUGGAACCCAUGGGAUAAGAAAUCAAGAUCAAUGGCAGACUUUGGAGAUGGGGAGUAUAAGCAGAUGCUUAGUGUUGAUGGGGCGGUGAUCGAGAAGCCUCUCACCUUGAAGCCGAGUGAGGAAUGGACUGGGCGGCUGCAGCUGUCCAUUGUGCCAUCGAGUUUCUGCAGUAUACCUAUACUGGCAUCCAUGUCUUCCCAUUGCUAUAGCGAUAUAUUUUCAGUUUCGUAUGGUCGAAGCACGCAGAAAGAAAGAGAGCGAAGUGUAUAGUGAAACUGAUUAGCUUCGGCAACCUAUACCGCAUCGAGCGAGGAAUACCAUACUAGAAUAGCUCUGCUGAGUACACAUGCCGCCUAUGCAAUUAAUAAAAAAAAUGUUUAAUUAUGAUACAUAAAAAAUGACCAUUGCAGUGAUUUUUAAAUUAUAUAUGAUACAGAAAAUAUGUGGCCAGAGUCCAGACAAACGCAUCGUGUAUGAUAUGUGUAUGGCUCUCAUUCUGCUACACCCACAUAUUUGCUUCUGAUUAAGUGACUUUCCUUCUAGUUUCUCAA